CUCCAGGAAGAGACGCACAGGGGAGGAGGAGGAAGAGGAAAACAAUCAGGCCACCAGGAGGAAGGCCCCCGUGUGGCUUGUUGCCAGGAUGCCACAGCCCGGGUAUAAAGGCUGCCUGGGGAAGGAGCCUCCAGACCAGCCCCGUCCUCCACCCUGACUCCACUCCAGCCCCACGCCACCAUGUGCCAGUCCAGCUGCUCCACGGGCUGCCAGCCGGCCUGCUGUGUGCCCAGCUCCUGCCAGAUGUCCUGCUAUGUGCUCAGCCCCUGCCAGACGUCCUGCUGUGUGCCCAGCUCCUGCCAGACGUCCUGCAAUGUGCCCAGCUCCUGCCAGACGUCCUGCUGCGUGCCUGUGAGCUGCAAGCCAGCCGUGUGUGUGCCCAUGAGCUGCAAACCAGCCGUGUGCCUGCCUGUGAGCUGCAAGCCCAUUGUGUAUGUGGCUCCCUCCUGCCAGUCCUCUGGGGGCUGCCAGCCCUCCUGCUCCACCCUGCUCUGCAGACCUGUCCCCUGCAGCACCCCUACCUGCUGCUGAGCCCACGGCCUCCUAGGACCCCUCCUCCAUGUGGUCAGGGGUAGCUGCUCUCCCAGCUCCUACCAGGCAGCCCAGACAUCACCCACUUCAGACCUUCUGGACUAGACCAUCUUACAGCAAAGCCACUUGAUCCCCGGUACCCAGGCAGAGAGUCGCCCCCAGUGUCUCUGGCUGGUGCAGGGUGCCCAGCUCUGCAGCCCCCGCACAAAAGUCUAAUAAAU